CUGCAAACCUGGGCCGCUGAAGUAGAGUGCGCGGAACUUUAACCACUUGGCCACGGGGCUGGCCCCAAAAUACUGAUUCUUGAGUUCCAUCCCCGCAGAUUCUGAUUUGGUAGGGCUGGGUAGGCCCCCAGAAUCUGUAUUUUUAAGAAGCACCUCAGGCAAUCUUGAUGAUUUUUUAUGAACCAGUGUCUUAUAGGCUAAAAUCCAACCUGAAACCUCAUGUGUAAAGUCUUCCCCAGCAGAUCCAAUCUACUUUAUUUCUCAUUUAUUACUCCCCUCCAAACCUUUGUUUCAGGCAGACUGUCUCUCAAACAGACCCGGAGCAUCCCCUUCUCUUUAGUCUGGUUCCACUUACAAAUUCUGCCCACACUAUAAUUAAUUUAUCUUGCCUGUGUAUGUUCAUUGUCACUCUGCCAGGAAUGCCAGCUACUGGAAGACACAGUGCCAUGCACAUAGCUGGUGAGAGGAGACUCUCUUUGGUCCUGUCAAGUCCACCCAUCUUCCCAAAUUCUACCAGGCCACUUCCCCCUUCAUAUUCAAGUCCCGCAGAAAAUCCACUUCUCUGGAAGAAUGGAAAAUGUGACUCUCUUGACUGAGAUAGAAGUAGAAGUGACACCCCUGCCCCGACACAUAGAAAGGAUGCUGAGUCACACUCCAAUUCUAUUCGGAAACUAGAGUCUCUGAGGAGAGGGACUUUGUAUUGUAUUUGUUCCUUGUCACUUUCAUAAGUCAAAGGCAUCUCAUGCUCACCAUUAAAGAAAAAGCUAAGCAAAUGUCUAAGUAUGUUUGGUGAUCUGCCGGAAGGUGACACAUAAUGGUAGGGAUGGAAAGAAUCAUUAUGGCUAAUGACUUGAAAUGACAUCAGAAUUCUCUAAUUAGCUUUUUAAAACAUCCUUGAUCUCAGAAAAUGUUAGGUGUUGAACCUCAAUAUAUCUUCAUUCCUAAAAUACCAUUAGAAGAGUCUAUAGUGCUGUGGAACACAUGAUGCUAACACCAGCCAUGGGAAAUCAAUAUCUAUCAGUAUCAGCUUAACUUACAUGGGAAGAAACGCUAAUGGCCCCGUUGGAUUUAAGAAGUGAGGCUGACUCAGCACAAAGGGGUGUCUAAAGAAAUAAAGGGAAACAACAGCCAGGAGUCGUCUUUGUGAAGCAAAAAUAUGCCCUCUAGACCAAACUUUUUAACAAGAAUACAAAAUCCCUCACAGUCUCACCCAAACUUGCCUCUAGCUGCAUUUCACUCUGCUCUUUCCGCAGCCCCUCUCUUCCACUCUGGAUGGCCUUUCUGGACUCAUAGAACAAGUCCCCUGCCCAACACUAUGCUCUUUCCUUUGUGCCUCUAUCCUAGGCACAUACUAUUUUCUCUGUUCAAAAGGUCCUGCCAAACACUUACUCAACCGUUAAGAUCAAAUGUCACCUUCUCUGGAGAAAAGGUAGUUGCUUCAUCCUAGGAAGGGGAUGGGGUCUAAAUUGCUGUGACUUUUUCUGUUUUAAGAAGCCAGAGUUUAUUUCUAUUUAAAUAAAACUCAGAGAACUUUCAGAAGGUUAAAAGGCCCAAAGAUAUCUAGGUUUAAUGUAAUAUUAUAGUCAGGUGCUGGCUGUUGCUGCCUCUGUUUUGAAAUCCUCGGGAUAACCCUGGGCAGUUCAAUGCCUCACUGAUUCUUCUAAUCUGAGCAUGGUGAAUGCCAGUGAGUUUCGGCAUAAUUCAUACAAGGCUAUCCUUCCAGUAAUGACGACAAAAACAAUGCCAGCAGCAAUCAUUGUCAUUGAGAGGAAGAAAGGUAAAUAAGCAGAAAAGAAAGCCACCACAGCAUUUUCGAGAAGCAAAAUUACUAAUCCAGUAUAGAACAAACAAAAGCAUUUGCAGAAUCUAUGUGAAAACACUUCUUGUGUUAUUCUUUGAAACCAGGUCCUCUGACUAUGAGCUUGAGUAGCUGGGAUCAUGACAGGUCUUACAAAAGCAAGUAUCUCCUUGUUAUUUUCCUCAGACUCUUGCAUAGUGUCUGGAAACUGGUAGAUGUUCGAGAAAUGUCUUUCAGGUAAAUGGAGGAGUUGCUGAUUCACCUGUAUGAGUAGGAUCUAUGGCCUAUUGACCCAAAGUCAGUUGCUCUUCCAACCUUAUUGGGCUUUUUCAAAGUAAAGUCACAACAAGAAUCUCUCUCGAUCACAACAAUAAUAGUAUAGUAAUAGCGGCUAAUAUUAAUUGAACACUUACUAUAUGCCAAAUACUAUGAAGUCCUAACAUGGAUAAUUUCAUUUAACUUCACAAAUUAUCCCCACUUUACAAACAAGGAACUUGAAGCUUAAGACACAAAGUAAUUUGCCAAGGCAAUGAAUGAGGGAGCCAGGAUUUCAGCACAGAGCCCAUAUACUGCAUUAUUUAGCUAUACCACUAGCAACUAAUCGACACCAUGAGGCUCGUGGUUACGGACUCAUUAUUGGUGAUAGCGGUCUCCACUGAGAAGCUCUUCCCCAUCCAGGCAUGCAGCGUCAGACUCUCUACUGAUGGCUGAGAGGAGCACAAGCCCUUUGGAUUUAUGGAAGGAGCAUGGCAGCCAUCUCAGAGUUGUAGACUGCCACUGGAAAUUCCCAAGACAACACACUUGAAGGUUUUCUUGGUGGGCCCUGGCAUGGUGAUAAGUGCAAGCUUCUUUAUUCCUUAUGGAUCCUGAAAAACCAAACCUUCACAUGGCAAUGCCUGUUAGUGACUGGCUUCCUGUGAUGUACCUGGAAGAGCUGCCUCCACAUAUGUCUUGAAGAUACACCCUUGUAAUGUAUUUAUACGUUGUUGCCUAAAGGUCUAAGCUCAAAUCUCCUAGUACCACCUCAAUAAAGCCUUUCCCAGCACCCUAUCAACUCUAAAUUAUUUCUUUCUACUUCCCAAUUCCUUGGUAUUCUAGCUGUAACUCCUUUAUAGUUCAUUUCCCACUCAAAGCUGAAGAGGAAAUUUGCUAUAAAAUGUGGCAAGAAUUCAAUAAAAAAUUGCCAAUAACUGCAUCAAAAUGCCAAUUCAUAUAAUUUUUAGAUCCAGUGAGAAAAGACCCAUUUUUCUGGGAAAGACUACUGAUCUUUGAGAGUUAAGAAUACAGCUGGCUCCCGACUUAGUUUCUCCCUGGUAAAGGGAACAGGAAUGGCCUGGCAAAUCUACAGGAAAGAGCAUGUGUGCGUUCUACUUCUGGUUUUUUCCAGAUGUCAGUUCCUGAAGGUUGAAGGCAUGAGUCCUGUGCCUGUUUUCGCUCAGUAGCAGUCCCGGUGCAAAGAGACAGUGGGAAGGCUGAGUGGGACAGCUCACGCAUGGACACCCUGUGCAUCAGUGUGCGUGUGAUUCAGAGACAGACCUCGUUUUAUAGCAACCUUAACAUGUCACUCUAACAUAUUGGAAAAGAGGAGAAAAUGGGAUGUGAGUCCCACCUGGAUUCAUGGGCACAGUAUCAGAAAGAUUUCCAGUGCCUUUGCAGAGUGCUAGCCACACUUAUUAAAUACCUACCGCAGGUGCUGCCUCUUAAAUGAGACGUCAAAGGCAUCUAUUAAGCCACACAGAUGUAGCAACUGCAGUCUGCUGGUUGAUUCUCAUCUGGGGAGAACAGCCGACUGGGCAGUGAUUGAAUUGUCCAGCAGGGGGCUGGCAUUCUCUGCGUAUAAGUAGACCUGGUUCCUCUUCAGAGCCUCAGCUCAGCCGAGCUGCCGUUUGCUGGUGAAGCCGGUGACGUGCAAAGCAUCCUGCCUAUAGGAUUUGAGGCUUUCUCAGUGCAGUUUUUUUCUACCCACUUUAAACCUUCAGAUUCUAAAUAUCAGGAAAGACAGGAAAUGCCGUGUGAAAAGAACAGGCCAAAAGUUCUUAGGAAACUGCAGCCAGGGAGACCCAGACUAGAAUGGAGGUAGGAAGAGUUGCUACAGAGUGGGUUUCAUUCUAAGCCCUUUGUUGGCUGAGUUUUUGUUGUUACCUUAUUGAAUUUAGAGAUGUACUGCAUUGGUCACGUGAAGGCCAGAGCAGCACCAGCAUCAAAAUAGUGACAGUUUUGAAUGCACAAUAUAUACGUACGCAGAGUAUUUUUAUUGAAGAAGAUAAAGAGCCCAGCACAGACUUUAUUCUCAUCUUCACCCAACUGCAAAAUCAAAAGUUAAGAAACAGCAUCUAAGGGCACUUUUUAGGUGGGAAGGAAUCCAGAGGAUGGCUCUAAAUGAUUGUUUGCCUCUGAACUUGGAAGUGGACCAUUUUGUACACUGCAACGUCUCCAAUCACAGUGUGGAUCUCCCCACGAACGACGACUGGUUCCACCCAGGGAUCCUCUAUGUCAUCCCUGCAAUUUAUGGGGUCAUCAUUCUGAUAGGCCUCAUUGGCAACAUCACCCUGAUCAAGAUCUUCUGUACCGUGAAGUCCAUGCGAAAUGUGCCGAAUCUGUUCAUCUCCAGUCUGGCUUUGGGAGACUUGCUCCUCCUGGUAACGUGUGCUCCCGUGGAUGCCAGCAGGUACCUGGCAGACAGAUGGCUGUUUGGCAGGAUUGGCUGCAAACUGAUCCCCUUUAUACAGCUUACCUCGGUGGGGGUGUCUGUCUUCACACUCACAGCUCUCUCGGCAGACAGGUACAAAGCCAUCGUCCGGCCAAUGGAUAUCCAAGCCUCUCAUGCCUUGAUGAAGAUCUGCCUGAAAGCAGCACUGAUCUGGGUCAUCUCCAUGCUUCUGGCCAUCCCAGAGGCUGUGUUUUCUGAUCUACAUCCCUUCCACGAGGAAAGCACCAACCAGACCUUCAUUAGCUGUGCCCCGUACCCACACUCUAAUGAGCUGCACCCCAAAAUCCACUCCAUGGCUUCCUUCCUGGUCUUCUACAUCAUCCCACUGUCGAUCAUCUCUGUCUACUACUACUUCAUUGCCAAAAAUCUGGUCCAGAGUGCUUACAAUCUACCCAUGGAAGGGAAUAUACACAUCAAGAAGCAGAUUGAAUCCCGGAAGCGCCUUGCCAAGACAGUGCUGGUGUUCGUGGGCCUCUUUGCCUUCUGCUGGCUCCCCAACCACGUCAUCUACCUGUACCGCUCCUACCACUACUCCGAGGUGGACACCUCCCUGCUCCACUUCGUCACCAGUAUCUGUGCCCGCCUCUUGGCCUUCACCAACUCCUGUGUGAACCCUUUUGCCCUUUACCUGCUGAGCAAGAGUUUUAGAAAACAGUUCAACACCCAGCUUCUCUGUUGCCGGCCUGGCCUAAUAACCCGGUCUCAUAGCACUGGCAGAAGUACCACCUGCAUGACCUCCUUCAAGAGUACCAACCCCUCUGUGGCCACCUUCAGCCUCAUCAACGGAAACAUCUGUCAUGAGGGGUACGUCUAGACUGACCCUUGACCCUGUCCCCCUAGGAACCCCUGGUUUUUCUUUAUGGCUUGUAAGGAACCCUCACAUAUGUUGUUGUCUCUGUACCCUCCAAAGACCCUUUGGAACGCUCAUGAGUGGUGUAGGUGGGUUGGGGAGAGGCCCAAAUGGAUCACUAUUAUGUUUGAAAGGCCCAUCAAGGCUUAAGUUUUCCACUUCAACUUAUGAAUGCUUCUUCUGAUGUAGAGCAAACUUUCCCUUUUUUAGAAAAGGGAACAGAUAGGAAAUUAUUAUUUUAAGCAUCAUGCCCUGAUAUACAGGUGUGGUCAAUUAAGUCAUGGAAACUAUAGUCAUGCGUCACUUAAUGGGGGGGUGUUCUGAGAAACGCGUCGUUAGGUAAGAUCGUCGUUGUAUGAACAUCACAGAGUGUACUUACACAAACCUAGAUGGUAUAGCCUGCUACACACCUGGGCUAUAUGGUACUAACCUUAUGGGACCACCCUCAUAGAUGUGGUCUGUCGUUACGUGGUAUGCAUGGCUGUACGUGAACAACUAGAUUUACAUAGCAGAAAAAUUAUACAUAGAAUGUCCAGUUUGUGAAAGACUUCACCUUGUCAUUUCUUUAAGCAGAAGCUAGUGCUUUAAAAAUAUGAUUUGAGUCAUCUUUCAGCAAUAUUUAUAAUCACAAACCAAGGAACUUUUUUUUUACACUUGUGACAUGAAAAGUCAACCCUAAGAAAGAAUCUCAUGCAUAAGGGACAGUCGCCAAAUUCAUAACACUGGAAGCCAGUUUAAAACAAAUCCCUGAGUGUUGAUUAUUUUUAAAAGACAUUGCUGAGGAUAUAGGAGAAACACUCAACACAUCAUUUCAAGGCGAAAACACAACCAAACAUUGACACAUAUAAAGAUCCAUGCGUGGCUGUGGAGUGCUAUCUCCCACUCUGAGUUCUACAUAUAAAGAUCCAUGCGUGGCUGUGGAGUGCUAUCUCCCACUCUGAGUUCUACAUAUAAAGAUCCAUGCGUGGCUGUGGAGUGCUAUCUCCCACUCUGAGUUCUACAUAUAAAGAUCCAUGCGUGGCUGUGGAGUGCUAUCUCCCACUCUGAGUUCUGACCUGAUGGAGGUCCUCUCGGCUGUUAUCCAGUUUUAAUCAUCCCCGGUGCAAUUCUAUCAUACAAGAGCAAUCCUUUUGAGGGAAAACUGAUCAUGCUAUCAAUUCCUCAAACAUUUGUAAGUGCAUAAGGGAUAGUAUUUAUUUUUGGUAUACAAGUAUUCAGCCAAAUGUAUUUACUUAUAGUUGGCUGUCCUUGUCUGCUACAUUGAAGCAGUAGUUUCAUAAGAGAAAAAAGGGAUCAUAUCUGAGUGGAAAUAGAAAUGUGUUUACAUUUAACAUAUGCCUCACCUAAAGUCUGUGGGAGGAAAUGAAUAAAAUUUCAGUAAUAUGUAUUUUCGUCUGAAUAUGUAUAAGAAAGUUGCAGGGGGCUUAGCUCUAAGAACUGAUUGAAAAACAGCUACAGAUACAUUGUUUCUACUUAAGAAGAGUGCUUAUGAAACAGCCCAUGUGCAGAAAAAUACUGGAUUUAAAUCUUUUUCUUUUUCUAAGUGAGUAAAAUGAUUUGACCCUCUUACUUUAGAAACCCUGAAUCAAGUUUUUCUUGACUUGAGGACAGGCCAAUUCUGACAGAUUACAAACAUGUUAACCCACUUUCAGAUAAAUCCAAAUUCUGCAAAUAUGCCCUAAUGUGUAUCUCUUACUUCUUAAGACAAUUUUACUUCUGGUUUUCUCUAUGCAGGUGAGACAGAACAGUCAGCUCUCUUUUUCACAUGGCAAAUAUUAAAAGAUUUUUGUCUCUUGAUAUGAGGAAGUACUCACUGUCUGCAGAGCUUCAGAAGUUAGGACCAAGACAGUUGUAAAGAUCUAUGGUUACGGUUUUGUCAGCUGGUUUCCCUUCUUUUUGCUACGUUCACCUAUUUACUGUGCAUACCUGCUUUCCUGGCAGUCCAUAAUUACAUUGGACAGUUUGAAAAGCAAGACAGGUAGUGUAACUGAAAGAACCAAGAUUUUUAACUUGACAUCCCACCUCUGUCUCUAGCUAUAGGAUCUUGGCUAUCAAAUUCCUGUCUCUAGUCCCAUUUUUUCAUCUCUAGAAUGAGAGGAUGGUACUAAGGUCCCUUUUAUGGCUAAAAACCUCUGAAUUUAGUCAUUGUCUCUAGUUCUGUCUCUAAAGCAUUUCUGUAGCCCACCUGCUCGCAGUUGCCCCUCUUGCGCUACCUUUGCAACAACUCCUCUUGGGAAAUCCUUCAACCGCCAUUCCACAUGUUCACAUUAGUGGAAUGGAAGGAGACAGACCAUUCUAUUGCUUCCAGGGGCUCCCUGGAAUAAUUUGUAGGAAUGAUGUCCCAUUAGUUAUGUUUUGGAAUUAAAGAGACAUAGGAAAACAUGUUGUUCAAUCUCCUCCUUAUGCAAAGGGUUCUCUUCCUAUUCACCCUUCUUCAACCUCCAUGCACCUGUUUUCUUGGACCACUGCUCCACAAUUUUACCCUUGGCUUUCUUCAAAACUCCGGAGUAUAAAUGACUCCAUAUCUAGUUAGUUGCUAAGGUAUAUAGCUUUCUGGGUACCUAGCAUGACUUGUUCAAGCAUCUCUGAUCUACCUGCUUCCAAAGACAUUUUGGGAGUAGGACUCAUCUUAACGUCUCCUUCAGUUAAUGUCAUGGCAUGGAUUGUGUCUGGUCUCCUCCCUAUCUUCUGGAUGAACAAUGAAGAGAUUGAAAUCUAGGUCUAGCUGUGUGUCUUUAGGCAAAUAAGGAAGGAGUUAGAGGAGGCCUUUGCCAGCCGGUGACCUAGGAAUGGUAAAACUAUUUCGUGAAUCAGGUGAUGGAUUGACUCAAACCUCCUUAUUGGGUUGGACUUAACUGGACUCUUCUCUAGAGAAGUCAAAUUUUUAUCCCGCCUGAAGAACCCAAAAUCACGGUGAGAGAGACCCAGACCCCCACGUGGGAUCACCUCUCUGCUAGGGCUGAGUGGCAGGGGCUGGAGCUAAGACAUUUCACGCCUGGCUUCCAAAGAUAAUCACGUUUAGUGCUUAUGUCUUUGGCGAGGAAAAAAAAAAUCAAUUUUUGCUGUGGAAAACCAUCUGUGUUUAUUCAAUUGACAGACAGUACCUUUCAAUCUAUCUUAAAUUGAGCCUCCCUGAGGCAGGCAGCUCAACAGUGAUAGAUUAAGCAAUAAACAAAGCAGUCUUCCCACCAACAGCUGCUGCGGGCGGGGAAGGUGCAGCUGCUGUUAGGAGCUAUCUUCCACAGCAGGCUCAUCUCCCUGCUCGGCAUAGGCAAGUCUCCUCCCUGUUGUUGAUUUGAUGAUUCCCCAUAAAUAUGGAUAGCUAAACCCUGUUCUUCUGGUUGCCCUCACUCCCCCAUUGAACCUGGCCUUCCGCCUCAUUAACAAGCCCUGGAUUUUCCGCUUUGCCCCACAAACGAUUUCAUUUCAUCUUGAAACAUGGAGAACCCUUAGGUAAAUAAACAGUUUAGAGGCUGCUUCACAUAAACCAAGCUCAGCUUGUUAUGAAAAUGCACAUUGAACAGAAAUAAAUGAACUUGUCCGUAGGACAUGGGCACACAAGUUAUAAAGUCUUUGUUUAUGCAAAAAGUAAAAGUUGGCUAUUGGUUUCAGAGUCUAUUCAUGCACCAAAUGGCUUCUAGUAAUAGAAAUCAGCUUUGUUCAGGGACUACAAGUUGAAUGACAUCCUCAACCUGUGGACUGAAAGGUAGCUAAGUCAUUUUUUCCGAUGCCAUAUAGAAACUAUCGCCCUGGGAACCUGACUAUAUGAGAGUUCAAUGAAUAGUAUGUACUUAUGGUGCAUGGUGAGAUGGGAGGGAUGCAAACUUUCUUGCCAUUUGUGCCCUUCACGCCCACACCAGGAGGGAGCCAUUAUUAGAGAGUAGCUUAAGAUUAGCCCCGGGUUGCUGGGAGGAAUGGAGCACAUUUUGUACAUUUGUUUAAUUUUUGGCUGAAUUUUCAUAAAGUGGAUUAACAGCAGAAAACAAAGGAAUUAUUCACUCUCCUGGGACCAGGCUUUGUGUAAGCUAUUCAAUAAAGCCAAGCCCUAACAAGUUCUACUUUAUUCUGUAUCUGGAUGGUCAUUCCUCUUGGUCCCCACCUCAACACCCCUCCCACCCUGCACCCAACACAAACACAAGAGAUUUAAUAUUAAGCAAUCUCUUACCAUAACUUGGGCCUUCAAAGACACCGCUUUUUUAGGUGGAGGGGGCUAAGUAUUAACUCCGGCUGAAAAUAUCCAUAGCAGUCAACAAAUAGCACAUUGAGCACAGACUUUUCUCUUGUGAAAUUUUAUGUUAGAAAUGUGUUCUGAUUCUUUUAAAAGUCUAAGAGUUCUUGGGUUAAAAUAGUACAUGUCCAUGAUUAAUUCAAAAAAUACUUUGUAUUUACCUAGUGUUCAUGGUCUAUAAAGCACUUUUAUACUCAUCGUCUCAUUGCUAAGCCUUCCCUGCUGGCCAACGAGCUGCUUUUCAUCCUUUUCUAUGGAAAUUUGUAAAUGACAUUUACUAGUGACCAUCUACGCUUAGAUUAAAAGGCCCAUGGAACUAUGAGGCUGAAACAUGUGAAACUGCCAAUAUUGGACCAUAUUUGACCUACAAAGAGGUGAUUUCAUAUGAUUCAACUUAAUCUGAUUUCAUGCAUUCUCAUGGCCCAUUUUGUGACAUUGAAGAACAGUGCUGAUCAUCACUUCCCCAGUUUACAGGAUAGUCUGUGACCCCCAAAGUGAGUCUGUUUAAUUUGGCACAAGGGAGUGAACAGUGACAUUGUUGGUUGCCCAGGAGAGGCAUAUUAGUGGGAACAGCAUUCCACAUCACAAUGAAGUGGAAGGCUGAUUAGAAAGGCAGGAUCUUUGGGAGCAAAAACACAAGCCACAAAACAACCAUAUUUGUCUGAAACCUGAAUGGAGUUCUGUGGCUCUAGAAGUGCUGGAAGGAAGGGGCUCAACUUCACCAAGUACCAAUGAGUGCCAAAUGCAGUGCUAAGCACAUUGCUCUUCAUCCUCACAAGUACCUUGAAGGGUCUUCAGAUGAUGAAGCUGAGGCUUAGGGAGAUUACUUCCUGAUCCCAAGGUCACAUGGCACAGUUGAAUGGCAGAGUGUUAACGUAGACCUGGAUCUCUGUUAAGUCUAUGUCCAUUCCACUGUGCAGCAUUGCUUCCCAAAUCUAGCCCAUGUAAGAAACUAAGUUCACAGUACCUAAUAGGCAAUACUGUUCCCUACUCUAGAUUUUGUCCAAAGACCUGAACUAGUGAUAGAGUCAAAGAAUAUACACAAAGAGCAUCGAAGAUGUUUCUAAGUACAUAAGUUAAGGACUCGCUGCAGGUAGAAGUUGAAAUGCACCACAGAGUAGGUGGGCAGGAAGUCCUCUACUUAGUUCAGUUGCCUCCAGAGACACAAUUCCCGGAAAGUCUUGGGAAGAAUGUCCCACCUUGUUCUGUGACUAAUUGGGGAGAACAAACCUUGGCAAAGGGCCAGGUGCACAGAGAGGACCCAAGUAAGAACAGUCAAGCCAGGCAUCCUUCUUUGAAUCAGGAUUAGUUGGAGAAAAGGUGUCAGGAAGAGGUGGAACCACCCAUUCCCCUACUUCCCCCUGGCGAGAGUAAGAAAUGGCAGUGGAUGCUUUCCCAGAGUCUGGAGACCCGGGCUACAUGAAUAGCCUCUAACAGAAAAAUAUCCCCUGGACUAAGAGGCUGAGUCAUGCGCUCAGGUAUGGACUUAGGUAUCUGAGUGCCUACCCCUAAGUGUCCUGUUAUAAACCCAGACACCACUGUCUCUCUGCCCUCUCUGAGCUCACAUUCUAGAAGAUAAGAUUAUUUUCCAUAUUUUCCCCCAAAUUGAAAAUUCAUUCCCAGAGCCAUAUAAUGACAUGGAAGGGCUCACAUAAUUUUCGGGUCUUUUAAAAGGCUUAGUUUAAUGGAUAGUAAAACCUCACACAUUCAACACCUCAUUAAUUCUCAGACAAGCUUGAAAAUUUUGGUAUAACUCAGGAUUUCAGUGUCGUUAGAUUAUAUAAUUUGGGCCUGUUGUGAAUCCAAAUUUUUUCAUCACUUCGCUUCAGUUUUAGCUAUUGAUAUUGGUAUAUCAAUAUUGCUAAUGUACAACAUUAGGAAAUUAAAACUGAUUUUCUUGAAAAAAUUUGCUUUCUGUGAUCUGGGCUUAACUGAUUCAAACAUGGCCUUUCUUGCAUCCAAGUCAGCAGGGUUUUGGGUAAUAAAAUUUGUUGAAAUGAUCAAUUUGGUGAGUUGUCAAAAUACAUGGCACAAGCUUCUUUAAUGUCAUUUUCUGUUUUGUUUUAAAUAUUAGACCCAUAUUUUGUAAAUUAUAAUUGUACUCAUUACUAUUAACUGUAAAUAUUUAUUGCAUUAAAAAUGUGCUCUGUGUUAAAUAACUCAGAACAAGUUCCAGGUGCGGUACUUUGUGUAAACAAUGUCAUGGCUUGGCUUCGCCUAGACUCCUUAGACUAAUGAAUUAUUUAUAAGAAAUUCACAAUAUUAAUAUGAAUGACUCAGAUCCUUUUAAAUGUGCAAACUUAACUGUGUGACCAUGUAAAAUUCUAUGAAAUGUGCUCAGUGAUUGUAUUCUUAUUUUUCAAGAAAUGUUUCCAAUGCUUCUAUCACGUUGUACUUGGUCUGUAUGACAUUAAGUCAAAUCCCAUGUAGUAAGCUGAAUAGUCAAGUUGUAGAAGAUAAGAAAUGUGUUUUAUUUCUUAAUAUAAUAAAGCAUAAUUUAUGAAAUGGACAGAUGCAUGUAUUCAGUGUUCAAUAAAAAUAGAGCUGUUGCA